AUGGAUAUACCUUGCGGAACCAUUCCCAAUGAGAGCCCGAGUAAGUAGUGCACCAUAGCUUUUUACGUUGUUUUUGAUUUAUUUUAUCACAAUGAUGAAAUGGUUUUCAAACAAUACAAACAAACAAGUGUUUGACAGUAAGACAAGAAAAGCAAUAACGGCUGUUAACUGUAGGCAUUGCAUCGUCACGGUUGUUAGCAGAAGCCAACUUCUUGAAAGAGAAUCCGAUAGAAGACUGCGAAGCGUUUCCACAAUUUGAUGACAUUAUGAAAUGGACGGCCGUGGUAAGAGGCCCUAAAGGCAGUUACUACGAAGGAGGUACCUUCUUUUUUGAAAUGCAUUUCUCCAAGGAUUACCCUCACAUUCCUCCACUAGUAAGCUUCCCUAAACCUGACCUGACUUUGUUUAGUUGGUGUUCUUGACCAGGAUUUAUCACCCUCGGAUCAAUGUGAAAGGAGAGAUCGACCUUCCCAUGCUUAACCAGCUCACGUGGAAUCCGUGUGGUACUGUAGGCGACGUGUUGAAGGGCGUGAGAGCGCUGCUGAUGGAGAAGAUCGAAGAGGACGACGAUAAACAAGAAGAAACGAUAGCUCGUGAGUGGACCAAGCGUUUCGCAUGCUGA